AUGGCGGUCUUCCGCUCAGGCAUUCGGUGGGCUGACAUGUCCACUGAAUCCUUCAGCCGCAGCAAAACCGCCCCAGGAGGCACUGCACAGGCUGCACUGUUGCUGCAAGCCGAACAGGCAGAUCAAUCUUAUGCCCCAGGCGACGUUGCUGCUCUUCCUGAGUUCGAAAACAGCCAGGCAGGGAUGAAUCAGUAUUUUUUUGAGGCAGCUGCUCUAGGCGGCGAAGAUUCCAGUAAAAACGGGAAUGCUUCUGUCCACGGCACAGGGCAUGUAGCGGCUGCAUGUUCAUCAGACAAAUCGGCUUCAAGCAAACCAAGUCCCGACGAGGAGGACGGUGCUGCAGGGAAGAUGCCUGGGUUUCGGGGGUUGCUGGUUAGCGCUCCAAGCGAUGGGGCUAGCGCUGGUGCGAGCGAUGAUACUUCAAACGCUGGUAGACGAGAACGGAACGCGGCCUGUAAAAUCAGUGAAGCAGCUACUCUCACACCUGCCAAAAGGAAUAGAAGGACCUCUGGGGCUCCUGAUGGGGCUCCGAAUGUAGUUGCCGAAAACUCGGAGGCGCCCGCCCAAGAUGGGUCUGCAUCAGCUGCUGCCCAGGAAGGGGUGACUCAGCGCUUUCCUCAGAGCAAAAGACGCAGGUCUACUUAUUCUCGCCGGUCCGCAGAUGGUUAUUUUCCUGAGCGAAUGGCGAGUAAUGAGUCUUCAGUCAUGUCGCAUGGGCAACAGGGAAAACGUCGUAGCGCAAAGGGGAAUGAUCGGCACCGAUCAGGUGGAACGCGCAGAGCUUCUGAAGGCCCGUCCAAUGCAGGGCUGCUGCUACACAUGGGAGCUCCCGCCUUUUUGCAGUUGCCAGGUCUCGUGUCCCCUAUGUUCAUGCCAGUUGGACUCCCCCCAGGGACCGCUGCCCCACUGCCUGGACUUCUUCAUCCGCAAGCAGUUAAGAAACAGCAAGCGAUGGUCAACAGCAGCAAGGAGCAACAGGAGCAGGAAGAUGAAGAAGAGUGGCACCGGCGUGAAUGCGCGAGAAUGAAGGACAUAGCUAUCGGGAAGGCUACUGCAGGCUACCGAAACUUCCUUAAGCGAGUGGGAACGGAACGCCGUUCAGAGGGAGAUCCGAUGACUCCAGAUGCCAAACUACGAUGUAGCAAGGCCCAAUUUCAGCGCGCCUACCAGAAAUGGAGGAAGCAGCUGCACCAGUAUGACACCGUUGAAGACGAAGCUUCGGCUGGCACGCCGUCACCAGCCGAAGCGCAACCUCCAACAACAGCGCUGGCGACGGCAGAUGCCGGAGCCGACGGUUCACCAAAGGAAACAUCAGAUCAGCAAGACUUGGAGGCGAUCCUGGCAUUCAACAAGGAAUGCGAGCUAGCAGGGCUGUAG